UAACAGCAGCAGCAGCAGCGGGUUCGUGUUGUUUCACAGAAUGAAUAGUUUUAACUUUUCCUUUUAAUCCAGAAGCGUCACUUUAACGACAGCAUGGUUAAUAUCGGACUCACUAAGGUGGACGACGCGCUGGCGGCGAAACAUCCGGGUCUGCAGAGCUACGCUGCCUGCCAGUCACACGCCUUCAUGAAGGGAACCGGGACCUUCAUGUUCGGUGCUGCCAGUCUUUUCGCCCUCCAGAGAGCUCUACAGAAGAAACUCCCCUAUCCUCUGCAGUGGAAUCUACUCAUCUCAAUAGUGGCGUCCUCGCUGGGCAGCUACGCCGUGACCCGCUGGGAGACGCAGAAGUGCUCGGACCUCUGGAUGCUGCUGGAAACGGGGAGAGUGCCGGACAGAUCGCCUCCGGCAGCUCCUCCACCAGAAGAGCCUACAGGACCCAGCAAGACGAAGUACGGCGACGUGAUGGACUGAUUUCCACGGAUGUGCGAUGGGUGGAGUGACUGUUGAUCAGCGGUUGAGUUUCAUCACGGCGUUAAGAUGGUUUGAAGCAUCAGAGGUCAGGAAUCAGCCGGGAUUGGAAGCAGGAGUCGUGAUCCGGUAUUAUCAUCAUCAUCAUCGUCGUCGUCAUCGUCAUCAUCUGGAUGUGUUGGUUUGAAUUCACGCUGCGGAGCCUCAAGCAGCCGAGGCUCGGCGUCACUGUGGAGCUGAUGGAGCUACAGACCGAAGGCUUGGUCGGAUCACGCAGGGGUCCAACCAACGGUUUUCAGAGGUCCGAUUGAACUUUGUGUGCCUUGAACUACACAGAGACUGUUACUGUGAAACAAUGGGCAAAUAAAG